ACUCCCUUAGAAAAAAGGGGGAUUUUAAUCAGGCAGCAAUCUGAACAGCCAUGAUGAACCGUGACAGUGCAGGAGAUGACUAGCAGAGAGCAGGAGAGGGGGUAGCGGGGAAAGAAUAUCCGACAAACCGUUGGUCAUUUCUGGGUUAAUGUUUAGCCUGAGGACGAUCAGCUCAUUGCCUUGCAGCCGUCUGUUCCUGCAGGGCAGUCUGUGGCUGCCUUCGCUCUCCAGGAACAACUCGUCUAAAAUGUCGUCAGACUCCCACUGGCUCCCCCCUGCGGAGCGUGAUAAGCUGAUGAUGGAGCUCAGGGCUGCAGGCUGGAUGGAGGUGGAGGACCGUGACGCCAUCUUCAAAGAGCUUCACUUUAAAACCUUUAAUCAGGCGUUCGGCUUCAUGUCCCGGGUGGCUCUGCAGGCGGAGAAGAUGAACCAUCACCCAGAAUGGUUCAAUGUCUAUAAUAAGGUCCAGAUCACACUGACGACACACGACUGCGGCGGCCUGUCAAAACGAGACAUAAAAAUGGCCAAGUUUAUCGACAAAAUUGCAUCCUCCAUGUAAUAUUUGUCUUUAAUCUGAAAGCUUAAUUUCUCCUUACGUUUUUCUAAUUCCUCUGCUUUUGAUAAUGUAUUUUUUGUAUCUCCCGUUGAUCCACAGGUCUUUGUCUCAAAUAAAAUA